AUGAAUCUUUCGGAAGCUAUUUUGGUCUACAUUUCCCUGGCUAUUGCGGUUUUACUCCUGUUGGGCAUCUUAAAGUGGAUUAUUGGAUUCUGUAUACCCGGAGUUAGUCAAUGGGGUUUGAAUGUUCUGGUGAACGGCAGUUGUGCAGAAAUGGAUAUUUCAUCUCGGGAUUCCGGUAGAAGUAUAGAUAUAUUUCGCAAAUCGGAUCGACCGCAAACUAUUCGCAUCUGUAGUAGAAAGCUGGAAUUUUUCCUCAACUUGACAUUUUUUUUAACCUUUCCCAUUGCCGUAUGUUGCAAUUUGUGUAAUGGUUCGAUGGUGAAGAUGCAGGACUGCUCUGAUGAAUCUCACACACGACUGAUUGAUGGAAAUACUUCUACAAAAACAACUCCCAAAAAUAAUUACGGAGAACUUAAUCAUAUCUCUUCGACUCAUGAAUUAGAAGAAGCACAAAAUAUCAAGAAUCAAUUAAUUGAAUCUCGAGAGGCUUCAAAUGCCGAGAGGAAACUAUCAAAGGCUAGAUAA